AUGAUUAAAACAGAACCUUGGAGUGGUGGGACUGAAGAAGAGUAUGAAACUCAACAUUUUGGUUUUGGGGCCCAACGUCUUAAAAUUGCUGUGCGACAAAUGGUGGAACAAAAAAUUAGAGCGGGCGUCAAGGAUAUGGAGUCAUAUUUGCAAGAGACAUUAGAUCUGAACGACACUGAUAAAUCAACUUUAACACAUUCUUGUGAUAAAAUAAUAAAGUUGUAUUGCGAACGUGCGGGUCCAAGUCUUAAAAUUAUUGAUGACGAAAUUGAGAGAAUUUUAAAAGUUCCCGAAAAUGUUUUGUUACCAGGAGACGAGAUUCAACUGCAACAAGUGUCUAAUGAGGAAUAUAAUAACUUGAAAGAAGAAGUAACAUUAUUGCGAAAACGUGUUGAACGUGCGGCUUUAAUGGAAGCAUUGCUUAUUGCUGAAGAAGAGGAGCUUGCGUCUGUUGAAAAGGUGUGUGAAAUUGCUAAAAAGGAUAUGGAGGUGUUGGAUUUACUUCAAAAAAGCUUUGAAACAAGUGAAAGUGUUAAAUCUAUUGAGAAUGAAACACAGUUUCUUUGUGCCAGUGCACCAUUUAUAAAGAAAAGUGAAAAUACUAUUUUGGAUAGUUGA